UGAAAGUACGAUAAAAAAAAAAAAAAGGUAGAAAAGAGAGAUGAAAGACUUGACAACUUUCCAGUAACCACUAAAAUCAAGCUAAGGCAGAACAAUGGCGCCGGGGCCGGGCAGAGUAUUCUACUACGUGUUCCUUGUGUUAACUUGCUGGCACUGUGCAGCUUCAGCUUCUUCUUACGGAGUAGUCACUCACCUUCCCGGAUUCAAUGGCCCACUUCCCUUUCACCUCGAAACAGGAUACGUCGGAGUGGGAGAAAAAGAGGAAGCUCAGCUGUUCUACUACUUCGUUAAGUCGGAGGGUAACCCUGUGGAAGAUCCGGUGGUGCUCUGGCUCACCGGCGGCCCCGGUUGCUCUGCUUUAUCCGGUCUCGUUUAUGAAAUCGGCCCCAUGAACUUCGAGAUUGUUGAGUACAAUGGGAGCUUGCCGUCACUCGUCUUGAAUCCGGAUUCAUGGACACAGGUGGCUAGCAUAAUCUUUGUAGAUAUGCCUGUUGGGACUGGAUUUUCCUAUGCAACGACGAUCGAAGCAUCCCAAUCAAGUGACUUUUUACAGAUUCAACAUGCUUAUGAGUUCCUGCGGAAGUGGCUGAUCGACCAUCCAGAGUUUAUUACGAACCCGGUCUACAUCGGCGGGGACUCUUUUUCUGGGCUUAUUGUUCCCGGAGUAGUUGCCAAUAUCUCAGAUGGGAAUGAGGAGGGCAAGGUUCCAUUCAUAAAUCUCAAGGGGUAUUUGCUAGGAAAUGCUGCAACAGAUUCCCUCUUCGAAACCAACUUCGAAAUCCCAUAUGCAUAUGGCCACGCAAUCAUUUCUUAUGAACUCUAUCAGUCGUUGAAGAGAAACUGUGGAGGGAAUUACAAAAUCCAUGACCCCAACAAUUCCGCGUGUUUGGCAAAUAUGAAAGCCUAUAAUGAGGCUACUGCUGGGAUUAACACUGCACAAAUUUUGGAGCCACAAUGUGCCUAUGCUUCCCCAAAGCCAAUGGAGAUACUCUACAGGAAAAGAUACCUGAAGGAUGAAUUUCAAGGAUUCUUGGAGCUCAAUGAUAGACUCCCCACAAUCGGAUGUCGCACUUACGGAUAUCUGCUCUCAAAGUAUUGGGCCAACGACAAAUUUGUCCAAACAGCACUUCACAUCAAAGAGGGGAGUAUUGGGACAUGGCAGAGAUGUAACUAUGGAUUGCCCUAUACACAUCAGAUUUUCAGGACUGUUGAUGAUCACUUGUACCUUUCCGGAAAAGGCUAUCGUUCAUUAGUCUACAGUGGGGAUCACGACAUGAUGGUGACGUACUUGGGUACCCAAGCAUGGAUAAGGGCUCUCAACUUCUCCAUCGUCGACGAUUGGAGAUCGUGGCACGUCGAAAACCAAGUUGCAGGGUAUACAAGGACUUACUCUAACAAGAUGACAUUCGCAACUGUAAAGGGAGGAGGGCAUACGGCUCCAGAGUAUAAACCCCACGAGUGUUUUGCAAUGUUUACAAGGUGGAUCAGUGGGGAGCCCUUGUAGUCAGCAGUUUCGCUUAAUGCCGCUAUGUUCUGCAUUACUGCCUCUGUUCCUCCUUUAUUUUUAGUUUAUACAUAGUAUGCUACUAUUGUAAGAACCUUAAUGAAAUGAGGGAAAAUAGGAUCUCUAUGUUGAACUCAACUUAAAGCUAUCUCACAUUCCACAUUACAGAACAUUUACACGUUAAAAACGCAAUACGUAAAACUUAUAAAUCGAUAGUUACUUCUUAUGUAUAAAUUAAACAAACGUAUAACCUAAGUCUUUC